GGGAGCACGCGUGUGCACGCGGCCGCGGGGAGCAGUGGUGCGUCCCGCCCGCCGCCGUGGUCGACCCCAGCCCUGGCUCUCGAGCAGCCCGGGCGCGCCGGCAGCCCCGCUCGGAUGGAGGUCCUGGACGAGUUCGACAGCGAGUUCCCCCAGAGCGUGACCUUCUGCCAGCUCAUCUCCGAGGAGGACUUCGAGAGGCAGGCGGCGACCUACACCGAGCGCGCCCUGCGCCGCCUCUUCCGCAGCCUCGACCGCAACCCGGCGCUGGCGGAGAGGGUGGUGCGCAAGGGCAAGCAGGCCGAGCUGGAACAGCGCGGGCUCGCCUCCUUCCUCUGGGCAAAGUUCUUCAGUGCCGUCCAGGGGGACCUGAACCACUGCAACAGCAUGGGCGCCCUAGAGAUGCACCAGCGCCUCGAGCAGCUGAAGCGGAGCAUCCACCGCGUGCACGUCUACUCCCGAGUGACACCUGUGCUGGUGGGGGGCGACUUCCUUCUGCCACACAUUGGGAAGCCCAGCCUGCCCGGGGACCCAACCCCUGUGGUGCAGCGUGUGAGCCCUCCACAUCACCACUUCAUCUGCUUGUUGCACCAACAGCACCUGUCGCCCCCUGAGAGUAGGCAGUCACUGGCGCCUCUCAUCACAGAUGCCAAGAAGAGGAGAAGGAAGCUAAAACUGAAGAAACCAGAGCCCAUCCUCCUACGGGACCGGUCGACCUCCCCGUGCCUGCCACCAACCCUGCUGCCACCUCCACCGCUGCUGCCACCACCACCUGCCACCACCAAGGCGUCUCUGGGGGCUCCAUCACCCCCUGUCUACACCAUGCCCAGGGUCUUUGGCCCCUUCCCUCCGCUGCCCAGCAAGUCGGUGGAGAAUGUGGACAUUGCAAGGUCUGAAGCGAAAUUAAACUGGAAUGGCCUGUCGCCGAACCCCAAGAGCUGCAUGGUCGACCUGACCCCCUUGGUUCUCAACCCUGGAGGCUUCCAUUUCUCGUACUUGGCUGGGAACAGCUCACACAAGCUCCAUUGCCCCACCUUCCCCUGGAACUCGGCUUGUAGUAGCUCCCCCAACGCCGACGAGACUCCAGCCCCUGCUGUGAAGGCCUCCAUCUUCUCCCCGCCUGUCCUACUGAAAUUCCAUCCUGUGCCCAGACCCAAAGACGACUCAGAGAACGACCCUGGCAGCACAGAGUCUGUGACCCACAAGAGGAGCCCAUAACCUCUUCCCUACAGACUGUGGCCCAAGGAAUGAAUAAAGUUCCUGCAGAGGUGCCUACCCUGGG